AGUUGGCAGGAUGAAAAAGAACAACCAAGAACAUUCCCUUCAAGCAUUAAUCCUUUUCUCUGAUCUCUGUCUGCACGUAUUGGGCAGGAGGAUCAGAGAAGAGAAAGAGGAAUAAUGUAUAAGCCAACCCCAUUUUUAUCUGUAAUUUUCUUCCUUUCCCUCAUCUUCGUUAAUGGCCAUUGCCGGAGCGUGGGCACAAAUGCAAAGGUAUUGAAAGAGAACGGCAAAAAGAUUUACAUCGUGUAUCUCGGCGGGAAGCCUCACGAUGAUCACAGGCGGAUCAAAGAGUCGCAUUACGACUUGCUCGCCGGGGUGGUCGGGAGUCAUGAAGAAGCUAGGAAGGCGAUGGUGUAUAGUUAUAGAUAUGGGUUUUCUGGAUUUGCGGCGGUGCUGACGGCGUCUCAGGCGAAGAAGGUCGCCGGGGUAGCUGGGGUGGUUAGCGUGGUGGAGGAUAAACACCACAAGGUUCAAACUUCCCGGAGCUGGGAUUUCCUGGGGCUAUCGGAGGGUGCAAAUGUUCCCGGAGAGCUCCUGCGUAAAACCAACAAGGGAGAUGGGAUGAUCGUGGGGGUUGUAGAUUCUGGUAUUUCCACCGAGUUGCCGUCGUUUGGAGAUGCGGGGAUGGGGCCGGUGCCGCAGCGGUGGAAGGGGAGUUGCAGAGCUAUACCUGGGCUUAGGUUUAAUGAGUCGGAGCUUUGUAACCGGAAAGUGAUCGGAGCUCGGUGGUUUUUCAAAGGAGCGUUGCUCUCCCAGGAUGUAGAUUUGAAUAAAUUUCUUGUAUCGGAUAGUUACUCGGGAUAUGACGUGGCGGGUCACGGUUCACAAGUGGCGAGCAUCGUGGCCGGUUCGUUCGUGCCUAACGCCACCACCUUGGGGAUCGAUGUGGGCAUGGUGAGAGGCGGCGCGACGGCGGCGCGAGUGGCGUCGUACAAGGCGUGUUGGAAUCUAGACCCCGAAAGAUUCGUGUGCGCCGGCGCGGAUCUUCUCGCCGCAAUUGAUUACGCAAUCCACGAUAGGGUUGAUGUCAUAUCCGUCUCCGUCGGGAGCCCCGUGCCUCUCGCCUCCGACAUGGAAGCCGAGAACGGCAUCGGGAUCGGCUCCUUCCACGCCAUCACCAGAGGCAUCCCCGUCAUCGUCGCCGCCGGCAACGCCGGCCCUUCCGCCUUCACAAUCACCAACGUCGAGCCCUGGGUCAUCACCGUCGCCGCUUCCACCAUCGACAGAAUCUUCGCCUACACCAUAACUCUGGGCAACGGCGAGAAAUACGCAGUGGAUUGGCAAUUGCCCAACGGAACAGCUCUUAGUCAUCCCUUGCAUUUUGCCGGUAAAUACAUGGGCGAGGCCGAUUUGAUGCCGAGAAAGCUUGAUCCCGCCGAAGUUAAAGGCAAAAUCGUCUUCAUGUUCGGCGAUGACCUCGAUAGAAACCUCGUAUUAGUAGACAAAGCAACCGAUGCCGGCGCCGUCGGAGUCAUCUACUCAAAUCCCUCCAACGUAGAUUCUUUACCUAUAUUGAACGCGCGCAUCCCGUAUGUUCAGGUUGAUUAUGAUGCCGGGACAAGAAUAAAGGACUACAUAUUCCAGUCAACGAUGACGCCCACUGCUCAACUAUCGUCUCCCAAGAUUCAAGUGGGAAGGGCAUUGACUCCCAAAGUCCCAGAUUUUUCAUCCAGAGGACCGAGCUCCUUCGCGCCGGGGAUCAUGAAGCCCGACAUUGCAGCGCCCGGGGAUAAAAUCAUGUGCGCCGAUCCAACUUCAGAUGGGGGAUUCAGGAUCUCGUCAGGAACAUCACACGCCGCGCCUCACGUUUCCGCCAUCGUCGCGCUCCUGAAAAUAUCUCAUCCCGAGUGGUCGCCGGCAGCCAUCAAAUCCGCGCUGGUCACCACCGCCUGGAACUCCGACACCUAUUUUUCCCCCAUCUUCGCCAAAGGAUCCUCGCUGCGGGCGGCGGACGCCUUCGACUACGGCGGCGGCAUCGUCAAUCCCAACGCCGCCGACGAUCCCGGCCUGGUUUACGACAUGAGAGGAAUAGAUUACGCACAAUACCUCUGUGCACUCGGCUACAACAAUUCACUCAUCUACAAGACCAUAUCAGGAAACCGAAACCGCAGUGAUACAGAAGAACACACAAUCUGUCCCAAGACCAGACCUUCAAUGCUGGAUCUCAACCUCCCUUCAAUGGUGGUACCCGAUCUCUUCAAACCAGUAACCCUGAGGAGAACCGUGACGAACGUGGGACCUGUGAAUUCAGUUUACAAAGCCAUCGUCAAGUCUCCCGUGGGGGCCGUCGUCACCGUGAAGCCUAAGGUGUUGAGGUUUGAUGGUAAUAGAAAGAAGAGAAGCUUCACAAUGAGGGUUUCUGCAGACAAACUGGUGAACUCUGCAUUCACAUUUGGGAGCUUGACCUGGAGUGAUGGAGUUCAUAAUGUUAGAACCCCAAUUGCUGUCAGGAAGAUGAUUGUUCCCCUUUACCUUUAAUUGUAAAAAUGGGGUACGCUGGGAUUGUUCUUCACACACA